AUGACUUCCUUCUUUGGGAAACUGAAAAGCCAGGUACGGAUUGCACCUGAGAGAUUCUGUGUCCGACUUGAUCGACCCUGGUCUGGGCCUCAGCCGCACACUGUUCACCCGUUGGACGAUGGUGGUACUGACUCUUUAUGGCAGAAUGCUACCAGUCCGGCUGUGGGCACAACUCCCACCAAGAAAGACCCAAAUGCGCCUAUACCCACCCCACUGGAGCGCAUGCUCAUGAACGCUGGCCCAAUUCGCAAUGAUGGCAGCGAUAAGUUCUUUGGCAUGGAAAAUUUCGGUAAUACUUGUUAUUGUAAUUCAAUCUUACAGUGCCUUUACUAUUCUGUGCCCUUCCGAGACCAUGUCCUUUCCUACCCGAAGCGGUCAACCCCCGAGUCCGUCGCCCAUGCUCAAGCAAAUGCUCCGCCUCGCGUACCGCCGGCCCAGCAGAAUGGCGCCGCAAAGAAGCCUCCUGGCCCCUCUUCUGCGCGGAACGCUGGCACUCCUCCCCAACAACAGAAACCAGAGGACAAGGACUCGCCUGAAUACAAAAAGAAGCAGGCUUUGUUGGCGGGACCAAUAUUGAACAUGAGUUAUGAGAACUCGCAGGAAUACGAAAUGCCCGAGACUCUCUUCACCUCGCUUAAAGACCUGUUUGAGGCUGUGGUUGUUAACCAGUCCAGGAUGGGUGUUAUCAGUCCGAGUAGAUUCCUCGAGACUCUACGGAAGGAGAACGAGAUGUUCAGAUCAGCCAUGCAUCAAGACGCGCAUGAGUUUCUGAACCUCCUUUUAAACACCGUAGUGGAGAACAUUGAGGAUCACGACAGGAAACUGGUUGCCCGGAAAAAGGCUGAAGGCCCAUCAUCGACGACGGACGGCGCCGCAGACAUAUCAAGGACAGAAUCUAACACUGUUUCAUUUCCGUCCGUCCUGCCUACACCCACAACGACAUCCCCCACUGGCUGGCUACACGAAUUGUUCGAAGGGACUCUUACAUCCGAAACCCGAUGUUUAACCUGCGAGAACGUUUCACAACGUGAUGAACCUUUCCUUGAUUUAUCGGUUGAUUUGGAGCAGCACUCGUCCGUCACUGCAUGUUUACGCAGGUUUUCUGAGGAAGAAAUGCUGUGUGAACGAAACAAGUUCCACUGUGACAAUUGUGGCGGUCUCCAGGAGGCUGAGAAACGUAUGAAGAUUAAGAGACUGCCACGGAUACUGGCCCUGCAUCUGAAAAGAUUCAAGUACACCGAAGAUCUGCAACGAUUACAGAAGCUUUUCCACAAGGUCGUGUAUCCUUACCACUUGAGACUCUUCAACACCACAGACGACGCAGAGGACCCCGAUCGGCUCUACGAGCUAUAUGCCGUAGUCGUCCAUAUUGGAGGGGGUCCAUAUCACGGCCACUAUGUCGCUGUGAUAAAGACCCAGGAUCGCGGAUGGCUGCUAUUCGACGAUGAAAUGGUUGAGCCCGUGGACAAGAAUUUUGUCCGCAACUUCUUCGGCGACAAGCCGGGGCUUGCUUGUGCUUACGUGCUCUUCUACCAGGAGACAACAAUCGAAGCCGUGCGGAGGGAACAAAGAAUGGAAGGCAAACGAAGGGCUUCGCAAGACCUUGCGUCCGGCAUGAACAUCGAUCAUAGGCGGUCGGCAGAACUACACCAAGUUCAAACCGUGGACCCCACGGGCUUUUCGGGUUCACCGUCGGACGAUGCACACUAUGCGGCUCUGGACCACGCUAUGACCGCACCUCCUCAACUCAAAACCAACGGCCAUGUUGAAUCACCGCGGUCUCCUCCACUCUCGUCGAUCCGGCCCACGAGCCCUGGCCUUCAAAGCAAGAAGGAAAGAGCUAGGGAAGAAAAGGCACAAGAAAAAGCACGCAAAACUGCAGAAAAGCAAGCCGAAAAGGAGAGACAGGAGGCAGAGAAGCAAAGGCGAAAAGAGUUGGCAGCUAAAUUAUCGGGUGCUCACAAAAGGCAGGAAGCCGAAUUGAAGGCAGCGUUGGAGGCGAGCAAGAUAUCCAAAGCAGAAGAAGAUAAAAAGCAUGCUUUGGAAAGAAGCCAAACACACGCCAACGGGAGCGGCAGCAGUUCAUCGGGUUUCGAUCGAUUCAAGCGUACAAAGAGUUUGCGCUUUGGAUCCUUGAACAAAAAGGACAGGCAGCACCCCGAUUUGUCCGACGAAAACGUUCAUUCUCCUCCAGCUGAUGCGUCAACCCCGGAAAAAGAGAAGAGAAAUCGGUUCAGCAUUCGGAAAAAGUCCUUCGGCAUGUUGUCCUGA